CCCUCUUUCCCCGUCCUCCUCCCCCAGCGCCUCUGCCGCCGCCCGGCCCGAGCGACCGCCGAAGCUGCGGGUCUCCGGAGACGCCAUGUACCGGCUCCCCUUGACCGUGACGACCCGGGCCGCGACCCCGCGGGGCUGGGCCUGGGGCUGCGGGCGGCGCGGAGCCCACCAUCGCGCGGGGCCGGGGCUGCCGCGGCUCGGGCCCGGCUGGGCCGGGGGCCUCGGGCUGGGGCUGGGGCUGGCGCUCGGGGUGAAGCUGGCGGGCGCGCUGAGGGGCGCAGCCCCCGCGGCGCCCCCCGCGGCCCCCGACCCCGAGGCGUCGCCCCAGGCCGAGCAGCCGCCGCCGCGGGAGCAGCCCCUCGCCCCUCGGUCUCCGCAGACCCCGACGGCGUCCACCCCCAGGCGCUACGCCAGAGCCAUUGACAGCAGCCGCGACCUGCUGCACAGGAUCAAGGAUGAGGUGGGCGCCCCUGGCAUCGUGGUUGGAGUCUCUGUAGAUGGAAAAGAAAUCUGGUCAGAAGGCUUAGGCUAUGCUGAUGUUGAGAACCGUGUACCAUGCAAACCAGAGACAGUUAUGAGAAUUGCCAGUAUCAGCAAAAGCCUUACCAUGGUUGCUAUUGCCAAAUUGUGGGAAACAGGAAAACUUGAUCUUGAUAUUCCAGUACAACAUUAUGUUCCUGAAUUCCCAGAAAAAGAAUAUGAAGGUGAAAAGGUUUCUGUCACAACAAGAUUAUUGAUUUCCCAUUUAAGUGGAAUUCGUCAUUAUGAAAAGGACAUGAAAAAGGUGAAAGAAGAGAAAGCUUAUAAAGCCUUGAAGAUGAUGAAAGAGAUGGAUUCCGACCAAGAAAAAGAGUUAAAAGAUAAAGGAGACAAAAAUAAUGAAAAGAAUGACUUUGCUAAAGCUAAGAUAGAGCAGGAUAAUGAAUCUAAAGGCCGGAAUUCCAAACCUGUCAAGAAAAAAAAUGAUUUUGAACAAGGUGAAUUGUAUUUGAAAGAGAAGUUUGAAAAUUCAAUUGAAUCCCUAAGAUUAUUUAAAAAUGACCCUUUGUUCUUUAAACCUGGUAGUCAGUUUUUGUAUUCAACUUUUGGCUAUACCCUACUGGCAGCCAUAAUUGAAAGAGCUUCAGGAUAUAAAUUUUUGGACUAUAUGCAGAAAAUAUUCCAUGACUUGGAUAUGCUAACAACUGUGCAGGAAGAACAUGAACCAGUGAUUUACAACAGAGCAAGAUUUUAUGUUUACAAUAAAAAGAGACAUCUUGUCAACACACCUUACGUGGAUAACUCCUAUAAGUGGGCUGGUGGUGGCUUUCUGUCUACAGUGGGUGACCUUCUGAAAUUUGGGAAUGCUAUGCUGUAUGGUUACCAAGUCGGGCUGUUUAAGAACUCAAAUGAAAAUCUUUUGCCUGGAUAUCUCAAACCAGAAACAAUGGUUACGAUUUGGACACCAGUCCCUAACACAGAGAUGUCUUGGGAUAAAGAGGGUAAAUAUGCAAUGGCAUGGGGUGUCGUGGAAAAGAAGCAAACAUAUGGCUCUUGUAGGAAGCAGCGACAUUAUGCCUCACAUACUGGAGGUGCCGUGGGUGCCAGUAGCGUCCUGCUGGUCCUUCCUGAAGAACUGGAUGCAGAAUCUGUACGUAACAAGGUUCCUCCAAGAGGAGUAGUUGUUUCCAUCAUCUGUAACAUGCAGUCCGUUGGACUCAAUAGCACCGCUUUAAAGAUUGCUCUGGAAUUUGAUAAAGACAGAGCAGACAUGCCUUAACGUCACAGGUGCAAAAUGAACUGUUUUGCUUUUUUAAACAUUAACUAAAGUUCCAAAAUACAUGAGGUUUUUAAGAAUAAAUUUGUAAUAUAGUAUAAUUGAAUGCAGAAAAUAUGUACCUCUAAUUGUUUAAUUUUGUAAUUGUCUUUUAUUGUAGGGUUAGUUCUUUAUACUCAGGGAAGUAACAAUAUUAUAUUUACUUUUUGGAAAAAAAGUUAAUUCUUGAAAUAAAAUAUUCUGAUGAAAAUAUAUACUUUUUGAAUGUGUAAAAUAGAGAAAAUCUCAUUCAGUAGGAACCUCCAAAUAUUGCUCUUUUUUUCCUUUUUUAAAAAUCCAUCCCCUCACCACCUCCCCUUUGAUAACCAUCAGCUUGUUCUCUAUAUCUAUGAACCUGUUUUGUUUUGUUUAUUAAUUUGUUUUGGUUGUUUUAGAUUUCACAUAUAAGUGGAAUCAAAUAGUGCUUAUAUUUCUCUGUGUGAUUUAUUUCACUUAGCAUAAUACCAUCUAGGUCCAUUCUUUUUUAUUGCUGCAUAAUGUUCUAUUGUACAUACAUGCCACUUCUUUAGCCACUCAUCUAUCAAUGGAUACCUAGGUUGCUUCCAUAUCUUGGCUAUUGUAAUUAAUGCUCCAAUGAACAUAGGGGUGUAUAGAUCUUUUUGAAUUAGUGUUUUUAUUUUAUUUGGAUAAAUACCCAGAAAUGAAAGUGCUGGGUCAUAUGGCAGCUAUAUUUUUAAUUUUUUAAGAAUCUCAAUGCAGUGUUCCAUAUGGGUGCACCAAUUUACAAUCCCACCAAUAGUGCACAAGGGCUCCUUUUUCUCCACAUCCUCAUUAUUUUAUGUUUUGAUGAUAGCUAUUCUGACUGCUUUGAGAUGAUAUCUCAUUGUUUUUGAUUUGCAUUUCCUUGAUGAUUAGUGAUGCUGAGCAUCUUUACGUAUGUCUGUGGGCCAUGAGUAUGUCCUCUUUGGAGAAAUGGCUACUUGUUCUGCUGCCAACUUUUUAAUUGGAUUGUUUGGGGGAAGGGGAUUUGGCAUUGAGUUGUAUGAGUUCCCUAUAUAUUUUGGAGGUUAACUCCUUAUCAGAUGUAUCAUUUAUGAAUAUCUUCUCCCAUUCAGUAGGUUUUCUUUUUAUUUUGUUGAUGUUUUUCUUCACUAUGUAAAAACUUUUCAGUUUAAUGUAGUCCCACUUGUUUACUUUUUGUUUGUUUGUUCUUCAUCUUGCCCAAGGAGACAUAUCCAAAAAGAUAUUGCGAAGACCAUCAAAGAAUUUACUGUCUAUGUUUUCUUCUAGCAUUUUUAUGGUUUCAGGUCUUACAUUUAAGUCUGUAAUCCAUUUUGAGUUUAUUUUUGUACAUGGUGUAAGAAAGUUGGUCCAAUAUAUUUUAGUACUAUUUGUCCAAUUUUUACGCUGCCACUUAUUGAAGCAACCAUCUUUACCCUCAUUGUAUACUUUCCUCCUUUGUUGUAGAUUAGUUGAUCGUAUCAGUGAGGAUUUAUUUCUGGACUCCCUAUUCUAGUCCAUUGAUCUGUUUUUAUGCCAGUACCAUACUGUUUUGAUUACUGUAGCUUUGUAAUAUAGUUUAAAAUCAGGCUUGACUGGGUCUAGAGGAUCUGAUUCCAAGAUGGCUCACCCAUGUGGCUAUAGGCAAAAGGGCUUACUUACUGGAUUUUGGCAGGAGGUCUCAGUUUUUCAUCACAUGAGCCUCUCCAAGGUAUUCUUGGCUAUUCCAUGGCUUCCUUCAGAUUGCGUGGAGUGAAAAAGGCAAAAGCCACAAUGUAUUUUAUAAUCUAGACUUGGAAGUCAUAUACCAUCACUUAUGCCAAAUUCUAUUGGUCACACAGACCAACCCUGAUUCAGUUUGAGAGACGACUAUGCAAAGGCUGAAUACCAGAGGUAGGGAUGGGUCAUUGAGAGCUAUCUUGGAGACUGGCUCCAAAAAUAGCUUAUUGUAGUGUGGCCAUAUGGGAAAUUUUGUUGUAACAGCCAUACAUAUGUAUAUUGGAAACUAAACUGAAUUCAGAAAAUUUCAAAAGGAAAUUGUUUUUUAUACACUCUAAUAAAAGGAGGGUUUUCUAUCA